AAAUGUAUUAUUCGAAGAGGUUGAACUCUUUGGUAUUGGUGAGCAUAUUAUCGUCUCGGUCGAUAAGGCCACGCGUGCGCUGAACUUCCGGAAAACUCGAGUACGUCCUAUACCGUCACUGCGUUAACAACUCGUCAGUUUUUCUUCAAAAAAAAUUACGCGAGUACAAUGAACAACGCGAGUUGUACCGCAUGUAAGCUGGGUCCACCGCCAGACAUGAUAUUGCGUCUUCCUCCGCCGCCGAUUCCAGCAUUUCUUCAACGUAAUUCUGACAUCUCUCCAUUCUAUUUAAAUUCCGAAAUUCAAUCGUUUGCAACCCACUUGAACGAUAGCCCUUGCAAACAUUUUUGCGAUUGGAGGUCGGAAGGUGUUCAAUACAUUGAAUUACCGCAACAAGGAACAGUCUUCGACGAUACUUGGCUGCUUGUUCUCAUGUCAUCCUGUGUUGGAGUUAUUUUUGUUGGCGUUAUCCUCGCAGUGUUGCUGCUGAAAUGCAAGUCAAAUAGCGGCGGUAAGACCGGUGUCACGUCAAUACCUGUGGCAACUUCGACUGUACAGGCCAAGAUGGGGAGGAUUCCAAACGAGGCAGUUCUUUACCCAUGUGCAACGGAUACGCUGCAGGACAGCAGAGUAAUGUGGGCGACUUUAACGCCUCGUGGAACAACACGCCAUUAUCUGGAGGAUCACCAUUACGAGACCAUAAACAACGCUCGAUUCCAAAACCGCACCCUCGCCGCCUCCCCAUCUGAACACGUGUACGCAGAGCCACCGAUAUCGUCACCAGUGCAAACUAUUCCGAAAGAUGGGUCGGCAUUUGAUAACACUGCCUUCGUUGAUUACGAGGAACCUCUUUCUACGAGGACUGAAUAUUAUCAAUUGGAUGACGUCUUGGAGCCAAAUUUUGCAGGCAACGUAACAUUGUCACGAGGAACUCUGCGCCCUCGGGUGAGUUCUCCUACGAGAAUCGAGAAUCCAAAUUUACCUCCAUUAAAUCUUCACCCUCACAAUAAGCGCACUCUUCGCCGGACCCAAGAAUCUCAAUCCAGCACGGAUAGUUUGCCGAGGAGCAGCGUGACAUCCUCAACUUUCACUCCCAAUUUAUAGAUUUAUUUGUAGUCGCCUAACAACAUAUGUUGAUUAAUUAAAUACUCAAUCGAAGGUAUCAAUAUUACACUUGUACUCGUUCAACAAUUCAUGCAAUUUUUAAUAUUUUAUUGUUGUAUACAUCAACUCCCGAUGAGGUGUUGUAAAUUUUUCUACAAGCUUUUGCUUAUCGCGACUACUAUAAGGUGUAAACAAGAGUCGAAGCUACACAGCCGACUAUACAUACGGUGAAAAUUGAAUGAAAAGUGUUGCACUAUUAGGGACAUAAUUAGGUUGACUCCAACCUCUGUAGUCAAACGUGUGACCAAUGUCAAUUGAAGUACCUCCAUUCAUCAUCAUAAUUUUCCUACUCGUAUUUGUCCCAAACUAUUACAUAUGUUUGAAAAUGUGAUGCGCGCUCUAGUCAUUAACGAUAUCCAUAUUAUAUGUAUGUAUAGAUCAUGAAUUAUAUUUAUUUGCUAUAUUGUUACUGUCAUUUUUAUUUGUUAUUAUUCGAAUACACUUGUCAAUAAAAUGUUUCGACGUAAGGUACAAAAGCAGA